CAUCACAACGAUCUAGACAUGAAGCUGUACAUGCGUAUCGCGCCCGAGCUCUUUCUGAAGCAACUUAUCGUCGGUGGCUUGGAGCGUGUUUAUGAGAUCGGAAAGCAAUUCAGAAACGAGGGUAUUGACCUGACCCACAACCCAGAGUUCACCACUUGCGAGUUCUAUAUGGCUUUCGCAGACUACAACGACCUCAUGAAAAUGACUGAGGAUAUGUUGAGUGGCAUGGUCAAAGAGUUGACAGGUGGUUACAAGAUCAAGUAUCAUGCUAAUGGGUAUGAUAAGGAGCCAAUCGAAAUCGACUUCACUCCUCCAUUCAGGAGGAUUGAGAUGAUUGGAGAGUUGGAGAAGGUGGCUAACCUUAAUAUACCAAAAGAUUUGGCUAGUGAAGAAGCCAACAAGUAUUUGAUUGAUGCGUGUGCCAAGUUCGACGUGAAAUGCCCUCCUCCUCAGACAACAGCUCGUCUGCUAGAUAAACUUGUUGGAGAAUUUCUGGAAGUGACAUGUGUGAACCCGACUUUCAUCAUCAAUCAUCCCGAGAUCAUGUCUCCCUUGGCAAAGUGGCACAGAUCAAACAAUGUUCUCACCGAGAGAUUCGAGCUCUUUAUCAACCAACAUGAACUUUGCAAUGCUUACACCGAGUUGAACGAUCCAGUGGUUCAGCGUCAAAGGUUUGCUGAUCAACUCAAAGACAGGCAGUCUGGAGACGAUGAGGCCAUGGCUUUAGAUGAGACUUUCUGCAAUGCUUUGGAAUAUGGUUUGGCUCCUACGGGUGGCUGGGGGUUGGGUAUUGACAGGCUUGCCAUGCUAUUCACCGACUCUCAGAACAUCAAGGAGGUUAUUCUCUUCCCUGCAAUGAGGCCACAAGACGAUCCAGCAGCCGUAAAAGCUUCUCUGCAAGCAGAGAACAAAGGAGACUGAGCACAGUUUUCAUCUCUUAUUUUUGCCUGUUAAAGGCCUUUGAGGUUUGGUAGUGAAAGUGCUAUUAUGCAACCAGCGCAGCGGUUCUCAAUUUACUUUUGAUUGCGAUGUAUGAACAACCAUAUUUUUACAAACAAAACUUUUUAUUAAAAACCUUUGUAACACUUUUCGGAAAAUCGUUUAUUGUUUUUAAAUUGUGGUUUUAUGCUGA